GGGUAUCGACUUUCAUCAAAGCAAAAUUGACGAAGUUCUUGGAUUGGAAAUGAAGAUUCCGAUUCGACACAGUUUCAUCGUACUAAUACUGUUGGUGGAGGCGUAUUUAUUGAUUAAAGGAGAGCAAUGCUGGAUUCCUAUGGUUUGCCACGAUCAGCUUACUUGGAGAAAACUUACGGAAGGACAGUGCACAAAAGAAGAAGAGAAAGCUUUGGGAGCUUUAACACAACGAUUAGACGGGAUGAAAAGUGAGCUCUAUCAAUUAGAAAAGGUGUUGGAAGAAGCAGAGACGAACUCCGUGCCACUCUCUGUUGUAGGUGUUAAAGAAACGACCACUCCCCGGGGAUACAAGGACAAGAAAACUUCUUCGGCCCUCACUUCAAUCGUCCCUGCUACAUCCCCGUGGUCAACUAAGGAAGCCUUUCUUUCUACCGUGCGUCCACAAACUACAAAAGUCGAACAGAGUACAGAUGUUCUCAGUACUACUGUUCCUAAUGGUUUGGAAUACGAUGGCAAGUUGUUUAUCCCUCUAAUAGGGACGGCGAAAAGUAACAAAAUCGAAGCAGAAUCGAGAUGCAACGAGAUUGGUGGACAAUUGGCGAAUAUUUAUAACAACGAUCACAUGGAUAGAAUAGGAGAUUUCAUACGAUCAAAUUUUGAGAUUGAAGGAAGCAGAAGCUUUCAUCUUGGAAUGACCUAUAACGAGAAUGAAAGUGUUUCCUUCCGUAACGGAACUGCAGUGGACAAGACUCACUUCAGGUGGGGAGCAGGUUUUACAAAAAACAACGGCAAACUAGUCUAUCUGCGUGUGACAAAGAAUGAAGAGAGAGUCAAUCAGUAUCUUUGGAAUUGGGGGGACGUGGAAAAAUUCGUACUAUGCGAGCGCUGAGCUCGAAACAUAUUUUAUGGUAAAAGCAGAAAAAAAUGCCUGCUUUUGGACUUUUAACUAGUUAUUGGACACGAAAUGGAUACAUAUAUAUAUACAUCGUUUUGUCAUUUCCUUUGUUAUUGAUAUGAAAAAAUCGCUUUUAUUAUCAACUACUGGACCAAUUGCUUUGAAAUUUCCGGUGGUUAUUUGAUACUCCCGUAGUGUGUAGGUUAGGUCAUAAUUUAUUCCAAUUUUCA